AUGGCAUAUAUUACUCCCCCAAAUUUAUUACAAAAACAACCUAUUUUGAGUUCUUUAUAUACGAAUCCUCCAUCUCCAACUUCUCAACUGCAAUAUGUAUAUGUACCUACGAAAUCGAUACCUCUACAUCCUACCGCCAACAAGACAUCUCCAACAGUACCUUCUACUUAUAUUUCUUAUGUUCAACCUCGCGCUAAUUUACCAUUGGAUUCUCGACCACCAUUUGAUUCACAACCAACUUACGCUGUUGAUAUCCCUAAUACCCGAUCCGUUAGUUUACCAUUGGUUUCUCGACCACCAUUGGAUUCACAACCAACUCCCACUGCUGAUACCCCUAACACCCAACCCGUUAGUUUACCAUUGGAUUCUCGACCACCAUUUGAUUCGCAACCAACUCACACUGUUGAUACCCCUAAUACCCGACCCGUUAAGUUACCAUUGGAUUCUCGACCCGUUGAUUUACCAUUGGAUUCUCAACCAACUCACAUUGUUGAUAUCCCUAAUACCCAGCCCGCUAAUUUACCAUUGGAUUCUCAAAACUACCUAGAAAUAUAG